AUGUCUUCCAAACUUUACGCAAACGAAUUUCUUAACUUUGUUAAUGCCUCUCCUUCACCAUACCAUGCUGUCCAGACUGCAAAGACUCUGCUGACUGCAGCCGGGUUUGUGGAGAUUUCCGAGCGUGUUGACUGGGCCAACCAAGUUGAACGUGGAAAAAAGUACUUUCUUACUCGAAAUGGCUCUUCUAUCGUUGCUUUUGGUGUUGGCGGCCAAUGGAGUCCGGGCAAUGGUAUCUCCAUUAUUGGUGCACACACAGACAGCCCAGUGCUUCGUGUUAAGCCCAACUCUAAGAGAACUGCUGCUGGCUACAAACAAGUCGGCGUCGAAACUUACGGUGGUGGUCUCUGGCACACUUGGUUUGACAGAGACUUGUCCCUGGCUGGCCGGGUUCUUGUUCGCCAUCCUGAAACUGGUGACUUUAUUCCCAAGUUGAUUCAAAUCAAAAAGCCCAUUCUCAGAAUACCAACCCUCGCAAUCCAUCUCAAUAGAGGCUCUGCUGACAAGUUUGAAUUCAACAAAGAAAAAGAACUUUUCCCUAUUCUUGGUCUUAUUGAAAAGGAACUUAAUAAGGGAACAGAGGUCUCUACCGCUUCCGACAAAACUGAGCCUGAGGAAGCAGAGUUUGAUCCUUUGGGCAAGAUUGAGGAUCGCCACGAAAAGACUUUGCUUGAUCUUAUUGCCGCUGAGGCAGAAACAAAGAUUGAGGAUAUUGAAGACUUCGAGCUUGUUCUUUAUGAUACUCAGCCCUCGGUUCUUGGUGGCAUUAACGAUGAGUUCAUCUUCUCCCCCCGUCAUGACAAUCUUAACUCUUCAUUUACCUCAUUGGCUGCCCUCAUCGAGUCAAUCAACUCAGAAUCUUCCCUUGAAAAUGACGAAGGAAUUAGAAUGGUCACUCUAUUUGACCAUGAAGAAAUUGGUUCUGCUUCCGCCCAAGGAGCUGACUCCAACCUUCUUCUUGCUGUUCUUUCUAGACUCGCUUCUCUCCCAAUUGCCGGAUCUUCCAAGGAACCUACAGCUUCCAGCCCCUAUGAGACUUUCUCCAAGUCGUUUCUUAUUUCUGCAGACAUGGCCCACGCUGUGCACCCCAACUACCAAGCCAAGCAUGAAUCCAAGCAUGAGCCCCAAAUGAACAAGGGUCCUGUCAUCAAGAUCAAUGCCAACCAGCGUUACGCUACCAACUCUCCUGGAGUAGUUCUUGUCAAACAGGCAGCCAAGAUUGCCAAAACUCCGCUCCAGCUUUUUGUUGUGAGAAAUGAUUCCGCUUGCGGCUCCACCAUUGGCCCCAUCCUCGCAUCUAAGCUCGGAAUCCUGACCCUCGACAUUGGCAGCCCCCAACUUUCGAUGCAUUCUAUCCGCGAAACUGCUGGAACUCACGAUAUCGAGUACUCUAUUUCUCUUUUCAAGUCUUUCUACGAAAAUUACUCUACCCUCCAGUCCAAGUUUAAGAUUGAUGGACCCCAGCUUUAA